GGCCCACGUGAGCACAGAAAGUCGAGGCAAAAGUACGGAAGGUGAAGGGAUGGGCACGGGGUGGAGCUUUCGUGAAGAACGAACGUUUUCUGCUCCUUGAGGUUGGUGCUGGCUCACCCGACGCUAUUUUUAACUUGCCACGUACAUCAGUUUCCUGCAGGCUGGCCCACAUACCUCCUCCAGCAGUUGAAGGGAUUACGCGUAAGCAGAAACACAGAAGUUGCCACAAGACAAGCUAAGCUGAUCAUAAAACGUCAACAUGAAGGUGUUGCUGGUAGCAUUGUCGGUGGCUCUGGUGGUGGUGUAUGCAGACAAAUGUGAGGAGCAGUGUGCCCAGUGUCCAGUCCUGGAGAGGUCUGACUGUCUGGCCGGAGUGGACAAGGACCCUGACUGUCAAUGCUGUGAUGUUUGCUCCAGGUUUGAGGGCCAGAAAUGUGAUAUGAAGGAUGAGAAACCCAAGCACGGAAGCUGUGGUGAUGGACUGGAGUGCAAAAAGGCUCGUGGCGGCAACAUCUGUCAGUGCAUGUGGGAGGAGAUUAUCUGUGGCACCAAUGGCGUCACCUACUCUAACCUGUGCCAGUUGAUGGCUACUGCAGUCAGAGAGAGCAAACAGGAUGAGCUGGAGGUCAAAUCUGUUGGACCAUGUGAGCCAGGAGCAAAAAUCAUCACCAAGCCUGAGUACAUCAAGAACACCACCAACAACAACAUUGUUCUGUCCUGUGAGGCUAUUGGCUUCCCUGUUCCCACCAUCAGCUGGAACGUCACCCGUGCCAACAGCAAGACUUUCACUCUUCCCGGGGAUGACAGCCACAUCGUGACCGCCAUGAGGGGAGGACCCGCAAAGUACCAGGUCACCAGCUGGAUGCAGAUUGAGGGACUCAUGAAGCGCCAUGAGGGUGACUACACUUGCAUCGCUGUCAAUGAGCACGGAGUCGAGUCAGCUAAGGCUAGAAUCAAGGUUGUCAACUAAGAUGGUACCAAAAUGAAAAAUGCUUCAUUUUUAAGUCAUCAGUUCAUGUAUGUUCCUGUAAUUGUGAUUGUUUCGUCAUGAAGCUUUUUUUUCGCUAAAGUUUCAAACAUAAUCAUGAUAACUGGUUUCAAAUGGUGCUAUAUUUGUAAUCUGUUUAUUUGUUAUUCUUUACACUCACUAUUUUUUUGUUUUUAGUUGUUUUUACUUUAAGUACAUGGAUAUUGUACAGGUUCAACAUAAAAGUCUUUGUUCAAGCAUACGAUCAUUGACUUUGGGGCAAAUAUUUAGUGAGGCAUAUCUUACCAAAUGUGCUGCAGUAAGUGCCUUUAUUUAAUAAGUGCCUGAAUCUCUCAUCUCACGAAUUUAGCAGUGCUUUUGAACUUUGAGACUUCUAUUUUUGGAACCUCUUCCUGAAGGAAUGAUGAAACAUGCCCCUUUUCAGCAGUAUAUAUGCCAUCAAGUAUUAUGAUUAUUUUGAUUUGUUUGAUUAUUUUGUUCAAGUUGUGCUUAUUUUUGCCUCCAACCUGUGGUAUAUGCAAUAUGAAGUUGUUUUAUCAAUGACUUCUUGGGACAUCCAAAAGUGCCAAAAUAUUCUGUACAAAGAAUCUGAGUUUUUCGUGUUGUCAGCUGGAUCAUUAAGUAGGCUCCGGUAAACGAUUACCGGUGAAUGCAAGUAAAAAUCAUAUCUUGAAUUCUUCCGACAGAAUUUGGAACCUUGGAAUAUCAUACAAAAACUGAAAGUAUUUCUUUGAAAGUCAUUUAGCCUUGUUUCUAAAAUUUUCCUGGUACAAUGUACAAAUGUAUGAUAUGAAGUGGAAUAAGUAUCUCUGUGUUAUGUUAUUAAGUUCUUAUACAUUUUUUUGUCAUCAUCUUUGACAUCAUUGCAAUACUUUUGAUUGCGGAAUGUUGUCGUUCAAGGCAGGUACACAACGAAAUAUUUUUCUACUUUGACUGUUUAGGCUUGCUUUAUUAUGCCUUCAUUGAAUUUCGAAAUACACUUUCUUUGUACCUAAUGGAAUUCUGAAUUCAAAAUUGACAGAUUUAGCAAUAAAACAAUAUCUUACUCUUUAU